AGAUCCAAACCAAGAGCAUCCAGCCACGACUGCCCCGGCGGCGAUGGGGUGCUGGGACGGUUGGAAGCCCUGCAUCAUCUGCCUCGCCAUCGCCGCCGCCGUCAGUGGCGGCGCUGUCGCCCUCGCCGCCUACGGCUUCAUCACCCACGUGCGCAUCGCCGUCGAGGACGCCUCGCUGACCAGGUUCGACCUGGUGGAGGCCUCCCCGCCGGCGGCGGCGCUCGCGUACAACCUCUCGCUGACGCUCACCGUCCGCAACCGGAACUGGGCCAUGGCCAUCACCAACAGGAAGAAGCUCGAGGCCGCGUACACCUUCGACGGCCAGCCGUUCGACCGCGCGCUGCUCGCCGACAAGGGGGAGAAGCACGGGCCCAGGAAGACCAGGGUGUACCACCUCGCCGCCGUCUCGAACGGCACCGCCGUCCCCACGCUGGGCGGCGCCGGCGCCGGCGCGUUCAGGAGGCAGAACGCGACGGGGUUCUUCGAGGUGGAGGUGAAGAUCACCGGCAGGUUCAAGUACACGGCGCGCCACACCAAGUGCGACCUGGAGGCGACGUGCCCGCUCAAGCUGCAGCUCGCGCCGCCGGGGACGACGGCCACCGUGUUCCAGAAGGUCAAGUGCAAGCUCGCCAAGCCCAAGAAGUACUGCUGAUAUACUUGAUGAUGAUUUGUUUCGAUUGAUUUGGAAUGUUGUUAUGUCUUCCCACCCCAAGAUCAUCUUUUGUUUUGCUAGAAAUGUGAAUGAGAUUUGAUUUU